GCUCGGUCAUCUUGUUGGUACAACUAAGUACUUAUACCCUGCUCCGUACUAAGUACAACUGCGGAUGCGGUACGAAAAAGUGUACUUGUCGUGGUGCGAGGUGACAUGAUUUAAUAAAACGAAGAGCCAGCAGAUUCUCCUACUUCGCUUGGCAACUUCAUGCCCUGCUUGUCGAUACUUCUAUUCGGUUCUCAGCGCUACCGCUAGAUGAAGAGAUGACCCUCCCGUGGUUCGCAUCGCUUGCUUGCCAUCACGUGUUCGUGUUGUGGAUCGUUUUGGUGUCCGAACACAAGCUUUUGCAUGUCGCUUGCGGCGACGCACGAAAAACUGCUGACAGAAGUAGGGCGGGACGUCGAGGUGGACUUCCAGGUGCCGUACAGGAUGGAAAGAACUACAGGCAUCAAAAAUCAUCGAAAGCUAGUAGCGCCCGGCGGAGCCAGGACGACCAGCUCUAUGUGCACUACCCGCAAUUUGACUUCGCAGGAGACAAGUUUUACUCCGCGAGUGGAGUUGUACUCGAGCAGGAAGAUGAACAUGGAAGAACCGCCACGGCGCGGUCAAAAUCAGGCGAGACGUUGGACCUGCUGUCAUCACAAGCUGGUCAACUACAGGUUUCGACAGCUAGAAGCCCUUGUAGUUCAACAUCUACCACCUGCUCCGACUGGCGUACUGGCCUCUUCGAGGCCUUUCGACCCACCGUGUCCUGGGCCGACUUUGUCGACAUUCGAAGCACUACUACUUCAUCCUCAUCCAGUGGACGAGGUGACACUGGAAAUAAACGGACAAAGCAGCCGACGUCCUCUGCAGCGAAACAGGACGAGAGUGCAGCGGAGAGACCGGCCAGAAGAACACGAGCGACAUCGACGGCUGCAGAGCUACUUGGUCAAGACCGCGUUGAUCUGGUAACCAAAUGCGUGCGCGCGCGCGCGCAGAGCGCGCGCCGGCCCACGAAGCCGGCGCGCGCGCUCUGCGCGCUUGCGAUAUUGCUUAGCAAACGCAGCGCGAAGGCAGUUGCCGUUACCAUAUAGGGCAACCGCCGGGAGGCGUGAAGGUCAGGGAAAUGGCCAGAAAUGAAGCGGGAGAAGGGAAAAAAAGCGGACCAGAUGGGAAAAUGGCCACGAGGUCAAAAAUCUCGCAAAAACGUCAGAAAUCAAGCGGGAGAAGGUGAAAAAAGAGCAUUUUUGCGGUUUGGCUCACUUAGUAUCUGAAAAAGAGACGGACUAUUUUUUGCUCCGCCCGCUGGCCAGCUGCGUUGGAGAAGCAGGCCCGCGACCUGUCCGGAAGCCUUAGGCCGCUUCGUAACUGGAAAAAGUUGGAAAAAAAUGGCAAAAAUUUGCUUCAUAACGUGGGUGGAAGCAAUCGGCGGAUUUUGUCCAGAUCACCCGGGCCACUUAGAAAAUGGGAAAAGAUGAGAAAUUGCGCAAAAGCGCAAUCCCUCCGCAGGCUUCAAAAUUGCCAGGCAGAUGCGGGCGGUAAAAAUGUGCAGGUCGCUGGGGCCACUUAGAAACCAGAAAAAAGCGCGAAAAUUAAAAGAAAUCGAGAACCCUCGGCAGGCUUAGAAACUGGCCACCAAGGGCGGCCCGGCGGGCGCGCGCUUGCGCCGUACCAUCGCGAUUGGGAAAAAAAAACCGCACUAGAAGCGGGCGGGGGUAUGUCACAAAAUCCCCAUUUGCCCUGGGUUGUGAGCAGAAAUUCGGCAUCUUCCCCGGGUCUGAAAUGGCCGAUUUUGGUGGCCCGGAAGGGUUCGCGGGUUUUCGGCCUUCCACAUACCUCCCGGGCCAGGGGGCCAGUUUGUCACGCAGGGGGCUAGAAAGGAUGCCACGCUGCGAGCUAGCAGACCGGAUUUCGCAUUCAAUGCUUAUCGCAGGAGCCUGCGGGCCGCCGCGGGCGACAGUAGUUGUCCGCGGCCCUUUAGGGCCGCGGGGAAGUGGUGGAGCCCGCGGCGGCCCGCAGGCUCCUGCGAUAAGCUUUGAAUGCGAAUCCGGAAGCCUCCGAUGACCCGGGAUAGCAGUGGGAUUCUAAUUAAAAAGAAAUGGUGGCGGCAGCCGCGCGGCGCAAGCGCGGCUGGUUAGGCUUUCGCGCUGGUUAGAUUUUCGCGCACGCACUUGGUUACCAAUAUCGCCCUCCGGGCGCGACAUUCAUACCAGAAGUCCCGCCGAGAGACACAAAGAUGACUCCCCGGUGAUCGUCUUUCACGACACCCUAGACGAGGAACUGCAGAACUUGAAAGUUGUGCGCUACAAACAUACGGUCGAGAGCGACCACUUUCAUCUGGCGGUCCGCGAGCGCCUGGCCGCCUACGUGGCGAAAAAGUUUCUAGAUCCCCUUCCGCCCGGCAGUCUGUUUGCGUUCCGCGUGGCGCAUUUCGCGACGGUGGCCUUGGCCCACCGGGCUAUCGAGUUGCUCUCCGCGGACCACACGCGGAUAGAGUUCACCAACCCGGCGCGCAGCAACUUCGGCAUCCACGCGGUGGCGUGUUGGCCGGGGCCGAGUGCUAAGUCAAAAUCUUCGUCAACAUCUUCGGGCGGUGGCUGCGUCCUCGAGAAGGCGGCGAGGAAACGGGACUUCGAAAUUUACUUUCAGAAUGGGACCACAGCAAGUAGACCCGCAGGCAAGAGAUCCAGCACGGAGAAUUACCACAAAACUGCACUUCAGGAAAAAUCAAAUCCCACCGCAGCUCCCACGUCAUCAUCCUCUCAUGAAAGGAUCCCUAACCUUGACGACCUGCGCGCCGCGCGGGAAAACCGAGCCAGCUGGGCUGCUGUGGCGUCGCGUUUCUUUCGGGUCGCGAACCGCACACAGAUAUCCUCAGCAAAAACGUACCCGACCCAUAGUCAGGAUAGGAAACUUUGCAUAGUCAUUUUAAAUCCAGAAGUUGUAGUCGCGGGAGUCACGCAUGACCACACAGUUGGAGUCGCAUUCUCGUCGUGCAUUGCUGCUUUUGAUUACUACAGCCGCGUGGUCAACACAUCAGAUCCACUUUCUUAUACUCUGCCGUUGCAAAGCCAAAGUUCCAAAAUAACGACUACAAAUUGGCUAGUACUGUGGCAAGCCGCUCCGCAUGAUGGUAGCGACGUGUUCCGGGCAUGCAAAAAUGAUUUGCGUGAGAUGAAUUGGAAGGUCUUAGGAGUAGUGGGUACUUAUGUUUUGACAAAGGAUAAAAAACGGAUAAGGUGGAAUACAGAACGCACGAGUACCACUCGCUUUACGGGAAGUAUCUACCGGAGAUUAUGUUUGCGAGCGGCGAGGUAUCACACAGAAAAAAGCUGGCAGGUCAUAUUUGUAAUGCAAGAAUACAUAGACAAGAAAACUUGUCAUGGGUGGCCCCAUAGCAUGCUGCUUCGGAUAUACAGUACAGAGCUUUUUGUGUAUUUAUUUUUGCAUAUACAAAUAUGCCCUGCCAGCUUUUUUCUGUGUGAUACGAGGAGGACUCGACGCGCAAACGGCGUCCGCUGCUGGAAAUCGGGUUUGGUUGCACGAUGUGGUACGGACCGGGCGCGAGCGCAGACCUGUGGGUCAAACUGGGCUUCAAAAACGUCCAUUUUCUGGAGCAGGAUUUGAAGUGUGUCGAAAAGCAUCAGAAGAAGAUCGCGAGCACCGGUGGCUACUUCGUGCACAUUGGGGACCAGGAGGACGUUCUCCGGUUGGAAGGUUUGAAGCAAGCGCUUCACUACGAGGCUGAGGUGAUCAUCGACGAUGGGGGGCACCGGAACAACCAAAUGCUGACGUCCUUCCACCACCUGUGGCCCAUCGUGCGGAACAACGGGCUGUAUUUUAUCGAGGACUGGGCCGAGACGGCGUACUACCCCGGGUACUUGGACGCGCCGCCCCGUGUAUUCUGAGUAAAAACAUCCCCACACCAGAGUCAAGUUAGGAAUCUAGCAAGACAAAUCCACACGUUUUGGGAGCCACGCAUGAGAAGUUGCAGUCCGUAGUGUAGUGCAUGUUAGCAAGGACGGCCGCAUCACAAAUUCUUCUGCUUAACCUGUUUACAGCAUUACAAAUUCCAAAACGCGAUUGGAAAUGCCUCUCAUGGCGAUGCGCAUUACAAAUCUUCCUUUAAUCGCAAAUCUGCAUGACAACCAUGGGGUGGGGACGUUUUUACUCAGGAUACCGGGUCACACGCCCCGGGAACGAAACCGCGGGCACCGCGCAGUUCGCGUUUGCGAUGUUCCUGCGGAUAUCAAAUGCAAAAGUGUCUGGGUCUGGAGCAAAGCGACUUGUCAUGCUAAAUCUGAAUCAUGUGGAAAUCUGUGUUGCAUGAUUGCCAAAAGCUGUCUACUUUUGACCUGAUCGAGAGGCAGUUUCUCAUGCAGGAUAGGCAUGAUAGAACUGUCACAGAAUCUGUCAUGCUAUGUCCUACAUACCAGACCUCAUGGCUCAUGGAAACUCUGCGUGACAAGUCUGGCACUCUUCCAGACCCAGACACUUUUGCAGUUGAUAGCGGAACCUGUUCUGCGAGACUUUGCAGACGCCGUGCUUCGGCGAUUUCGCUUUCAUGGAGGUGCAGUUUAACCAUGUGGUGUUUCGGAAACGCAAGCUGUAGCGCUGGGUGGCCGUUUGAUAGACCGAAGAUGACGAGUAGGCUUUGAUAUAAUUUUUCCGCGUCGGAUUUUUUACUUAUUUCCUUUUGCCGUAAAAGUCAAAGUAAUCAAAGAAGAAGAACACCCGACUACUUGACCGGGCAGCGGUCCGCUUCAUCUGUUAUCAAACUCCUGCUCUCGCACUCGCAUAAAGAUUAAGAUUUAUUUUCGGCUUUCAUCUUCAGUUGGUUCUUGUGUAGUUGUUCUUCCGCGGUCUUGUGACACUUGAUUUCAUUAGAGCGCAAAUCAAUGUGAUGCACAGGAAUCAUUAUGUGGCGGACCUCCACGACCGUCCUGGAGGAAAAUGUGGUGGUCUUCUCGUCGUAAUAUUAAAAAGGGAAACACAAUAAACAAGAGACCACGACGAGGAGGAACGCGGUUUCCGCUUCCGCUUUCGCUGCAGUCCCCCCUGCUUUCUGAUUAUUCGGUGGAUCACCAGCUCCGUUCGGGGUCGCUUCGUAGUACAG